GACGUUUGUAAAUGAAUCAUUUUGAUUGGGCGAGAGCGCGCCUUGGAAACAAGGGCCGUGUGUUGAUGCGCACGGCAGAACGUCCAUUUCGAGGAUGAAUCAGAGGGGAGCAGCAGCAGCAUCCCCAUCGCGUUAUGAUCCACAGCAUCACCGCUGACUGUCUAACGUGCACGCCCUGCGAAUAAGGAAAAUAAGGAAAUCUGCGCACGCGGUCUUCAAUUUUCCUUUCUGGAGGCUCCAUCUUUAUGUGAACGUGGCACGGAACCAUCUCGAUCCGGGAGGGGGAUGGUGGUGAACUUCAAAUGGAAAAAGAUGCUGGCAUUUCCACCACGCUCUUCCUCUUUUUGUUUUUAAAACGACAACUUAAUGGAUUCGUCUGAACGCUGUAUUCGGGAUGGGAGGCGGUGUCGGGAUACGUCGAUGAGAAAAUGCACAAGGAAAUGACGAUCAAGUAACUGCGAUGCCUCCGAUGAACAAUAAACGAAACUAUACGAUUGCAGUUCAAUGAUGAUGAUGAUGGUGUUGUUAUGCUGAAGGAUCCUGGACUGUGCACGGAUGCUGAUGGUGGUGUUUUUGUGAAAUGCUCGUUCGCAUCCUCCUCUCCCCUCAUCCGUGUAUCCAGGCUGUGGAUUGUCAGAAGGCUUUAAAAAUCAUCUUCGGACCUGGAACAAUGUAUGGAUGUCCAUUUAUUGUAAUACCAAUGUUAUUGUUAUGCCAUGCGAUGAAUGUAACAGCAUCUAUUGUCGGUCGUGUUAUUUGGGCGUUCAGUCGGCCCUAACAGGCACACAUACAUGCCAUCAGACGAAAAAUAACAAGCCAGCACGGUGUCCAGAGAUUUUCUGACCAAUUACCUUUGCUUUGGACACUUUGCUCUGAGACUUCAGGGUAGCAACCGGGUACUAUUCUCCUGAAUUGUAUAAAAAAAUAACAGGCCUGUACGACGGCUGGCCACAACAACAAUAACACGUCAAUUAAUAAAUAAAUAAAUUACGAUUUAAUCAUUUCUAGUAAACAAUUUGACAAUUUCUCCCACACAACAUACACAUGUAGCCAAACAUGUUUAAGAACCGGAUCCGCAUGUUUUUUAACGAACUGAAGGUGCUGGUUUUCAUGCGAUCCGGUUCUAGACGGCCCGACACUGUCGCAGACCCGAACAGAUCCAACGCUAUGAGGGGGCUCGGGAUGGGCGGCUGCGGAUGGCCGCCCUUCGUCGACUGCUCCAGCCGUGACGAUGAGGAGGAAUACUACGGCAGCGACCCGAGACCCAGGAGCCUGGCGUUUGAAGAGAAAGACCCGAAACUGCAGGCGGGCCUGGACGCGGUCAGUCUCACCAGCAGCACGGCCAGCGGCAUGAGAUCACCCCAGUGCCGAAUCUGCUUCCAGGGCCCCGAACAGGGGGAGUUGUUGAGUCCAUGCCGCUGUGACGGCUCUGUACGCUGUACUCAUCAGCCCUGUCUGAUUCGCUGGAUCAGUGAGAGAGGUUCAUGGAGCUGUGAGCUCUGCUACUUCAAGUACCAGGUUCUGGCCAUCAGCACAAAGAACCCACUGCAGUGGCAGGCCAUUUCUCUGACGGUCAUCGAGAAGGUGCAGAUCGCCGCCAUUAUACUGGGCUCACUCUUCCUCAUCGCCAGCAUCUCGUGGCUGGUGUGGUCUUCUCUCAGCCCUUCCGCCAAAUGGCAACGCCAGGACUUACUCUUCCAGAUCUGCUACGGCAUGUACGGCUUCAUGGACAUUGUGUGCAUAGGCCUUAUAAUCCACGAGGGCUCAUCAGUGUAUAGAAUCUUCAAGCGAUGGCAAGCUGUUAAUCAGCAAUGGAAAGUAUUGAACUAUGAAAAGUCGAAGGACUUAGGAGACCCACUGAGCUCCAGCGGUAAGGCAGGAGCCCGCGGUUCACGCAGUAACCCGCACGGCCUGACCAGCGGCAGCAGAGGAGGUCAACGAGUGCGCAGGUUAAGAACUAUCCUCAACCAUCACUGCGGCUACACCAUACUCCACAUCCUCAGUCAGCUGAGGCCCAGUGACCCGCGCCUCGGCACCGCCACCAACCGCGAGGUGGUGAUGCGGGUCACGACUGUAUGAGAUCGAAUGAGGGUGACUUGAGGAUAUCAAAGAAGCGCCUUACCCUCAAAAACAGCGAGUUGCUGAACAAUGUCGGGAGUUGUGGACGAUUACGAUUUUCACGGAUAUAACGCCUCGCGCCUACUUUUUCAACGGACAUGCGUAAAGAAGCGCAAAUUACGUAAAACGUCACCAUGACGUGGUUCGUUUCUGACACGAGUGACACUCUCACGAUCAAACACACACACACACACUCUUGCAUUUUUAGUUCGACUUCCUCGCCGGUUUUUUAUGAAUACGGUUUUUAAACGGUUUUUGAUUUUCUAAGGGAAGGUGGAACAUGAAGUGACAUCGACGUGUGACUCUUAUGGACCCAAUGUUGUAAAUGAUGUGGAAAGCCAACCAUAACCAAACGAUCACAACCGCUCAAUAACAGGUAAACGAGAUGAUAAAUGUUACAUAAUAAAAUAUUAUCAAGGGGGAGGGUGCAAUAAGACCUAAUAAGAUUAUACGCAGAGAUGUUAAAAAUACAUUAACAUUUUAAAGAAUUUGAUCUUACCUGCAAUAAAGAGAAACCUGUACAUUUUACAGUGAACUUUGCAUGAGGGUAGAGUUUUAUGCCUCUUCCGACACAUGGACAUGAUGAAUUUUGUUUUAUUCAGAAUGGUGCUCGUUUGAAUAAACACUACUAUUCA